ACAGAAAAUGGACCCCGUCUACUUGUGGUAGCAGAGCAAGCUAAAAUCUUCUCACAUCGGGGUGGCAAUGUCACACUGCCUUGUAAAUUUUACCAUGAACACACAUCAACAGCUGGCUCAGGAACCCACAAAAUCCGGGUCAAGUGGACCAAACUCACCUCAGAUUACCUCAAAGAAGUGGACGUCUUUGUUGCAAUGGGACACCACAGAAAGAGCUACGGAAACUACCAGGGCAGAGUGUUCCUGAGGGAAAGCAGUGAAAAUGAUGCCUCUCUUAUAAUCUCAAAUAUAAUACUAGAGGAUUAUGGGAGGUAUAAGUGUGAGGUGAUUGAAGGAUUAGAAGAUGAUACAGCAGUUGUAGCUCUGAAUUUGGAAGGUGUUGUGUUCCCUUACUCUCCACGGCUGGGUCGUUACAAUUUAAACUUCCACGAGGCUCAGCGAGCGUGUCUGGAGCAAGACUCUGUUAUUGCCUCCUUUGAUCAGCUCUAUGACGCCUGGAGGUCCGGGCUGGACUGGUGUAACGCUGGCUGGCUCAGCGACGGCUCCGUGCAGUACCCCAUCACCAAGCCCAGGGCGCCCUGCGGAGGGAAGAACACAGUGCCUGGGGUCAGGAAUUAUGGGUUCUGGGAUAAAGAUAGAAGCCGAUAUGAUGUCUUCUGUUUUACUUCAAACUUCAACGGUCGUUUCUACUACCUAAUUCACCCAACCAAGCUGACCUACGAUGAAGCCGUUCAGGCAUGCUUGAAGGAUGGAGCUCAGAUUGCUAAAGUUGGCCAGAUCUUUGCUGCUUGGAAGCUCCUGGGGUACGACCGCUGUGAUGCUGGCUGGCUGGCUGAUGGCAGCGUCCGCUACCCAAUCUCCAGGCCAAGGAAACGCUGCAGUCCUAACGAGGCAGCGGUUCGCUUUGUAGGCUUCCCUGAUAAAAAGCACAAGCUGUAUGGUGUCUACUGUUUCAGAGCAUACAACUGAAAAUACCUAGAGCACAAAGUUUCAAAUUCAUUAAGAACAUGUGAAAGAUUUCUUUUCGAUAUGAACUCAUGCAAGUUACCAAAACUGUGAUAAACCUUUGUUACUUACUGUAAAGAGUCAUUUUCAUAAACCCAGCCAUUUAAUUUGUUGGUUUGGGUUUACGGUUCCUUUGAUUUUUUUUUUUUUUAGUAUUUUUGUAAAAGUAUCAUUCCAUAGAUAUGUUAAAUUAAUAUAAUUUAAUGGAAGCUCUAGGUAAGGAAGUUUCUUUAAGCUACGUCAUCCCAAUAAAAUAUACUUUUCAUGAAUGGGGCAUGCAAUAGAGCUUGACAAUUGCUAGAGCACAAUUAUGGAAUGUAAGGCUACUCAAAGCAGAAGCUUUUAAAAGCACAGAUUUUAAAUAUUUGUAGCAGUUUGAGAAACACUGCAAAUUAAUUAUUUCAGGAAUUUUGAAAUAAGAUAAUCUUUUUGUUAAAGGGGAUCUGUGAGGUUUUGC